AUGGCUGCGAAAGUAGAAGCUGCGAAACAGAGUGUCUCAAAGCUACAAGGCGAAAUCGAUGACAUUCUGAAAGAAAAGAACGAUUCUACACUCUACAGUGCCGCCAGUGGGGCAGGUGCUGCCGCUCCCAUUCGAGCGCCACCAUCAACGCGGACCCGACGAACACUCAAGGGGCAUUUUGGAAAGAUCACUGCCCUGCAUUGGGGCGGUGACUCCCGCAGUCUAGUCAGUGCCUCGCAAGACGGUAAUUUGUUGCUGUGGAAUGCUGUCACCUCGAAUAAAGUCAAAUCAAUCACUCUGAAAUCAUCGUAUGUCAUGAGUGUGGGAAUGGAGCAAACAAAAGGAAAUAUGAUUGCCUGUGGUGGUCUCGAUAACUUGUGCACGAUUUACAAUCUUUCUGCCGGGUCUAGUAACGGCAACACUUCGGAACCAACCCCUGCGGCUCAUGAAAUGGCAAGCCAUGAUGGUUUCCUGUCGUGCUGCCGGUUCAUUGACGAAAAGAACAUUAUUACCUCCAGUGGAGACUCCUCCUGCAUUCGGUGGGAUAUUCCCACUGGACGAGUGCUGGAAAGCUUCCGGGAACAUGAAGAAACAGCCAUGUUCUUGUCGCUCAAGCCAAAUGAUCCGAAUGUCUUUGCUAGUUGUUCUGUAGAUAGGACUGCCAAGGUCUGGGAUGUAAGGGCACCCCAAAAGUCAACCAUGACCUUUACGGGUCAUCUCGGUGAUCUCAACAGCAUUGACUUUAUGCCCUCCGAUGGGAACACCUUUGCCACUUGCAGUAACGAUGGCACGACAAGACUAUGGGACAUGAGAUCAUAUCAAGAAGUAGCGAGAUUCGGUACUCUUGUGGAACCAGAUCCAUUUGAUCCAAAUCCUGGAUUCACUUCUCUGUCAUUUUCCAGAUCGGGACGACUGUUGUUUGCUGGUCAUUGCGAUGCCUCCGUCUUGGCGUAUGAUGUCUUCAAUGCUGGAAAGACUGACGCACCUGCCUUUACAUUCAAUGAUGCACACGAAAACUAUGUUUCGUGUAUCGGAGUGUCUCCAGACGGUGCUGCUCUUUGUACUGGAUCCUGGGAUUGCAACCUUAAGGUUUGGGCUUGA